AUGGCCCUCCUGCGCCCUCUACUGACCACCAUGGUGCUGUGCAACUGUGGACCUUUUGGAUCUCCUGGCUGUCACCUGCCUCAGAACUCUCUCCUGCUUAACAGAAAGACCUUUGAAGUACUGGAGCAGAUGAGGAGAAUCUCCCCUGUCUUGUGUCUGAGCGACAGAAGGGACUUCCAGUUCCCCCAGGAAAUGGUGGAUGUCAGCCAGUUGCAGAAGGCCCGGGCUGUGUCUGUCCUCCACAUACUGCUGCAGCAGAUCUUCAACUUGUUGCACUCAGAGCAUUGCCCUGCUGCCUGGAACGGCAAACUCCUAAAUGAACUCCACACUGUACUCCACCAGCAAUUGGAGGGCCUCAGGACCUGUCUGAUGCAGGUGAUGGGCGAUGAGGAAUCUAUCUUGGCACCUGAGGAUCCCACCUUGCAUAUAAGGAAGUACUUCCAGGUAAUCUCUCUCUACCUUAAAGAGAAGAAAUAUAGUGACUGUGCCUGGGAAAUUGUCAGGGUGGAAAUUGUGAGAGCUUUCUCUUCUUUAGUCAAGCUGGAAGAAAGGUUAAGAAGAAAGUCUGGAGACUUGGGGUCAUCUUAA